AUGGAUAAUAUAGCAGCAACCGAGUCGCAAUGGCUCGCUCAACUGGCUGCGAUGCGCCAAGCCAUCGCCGACCUGAAGCUCCCGAAAGACCUCCCCCGCGAUUCGAUCAGCUAUGGCAGCGACAUGGAACUGGAUCUCGACGACGAGUACUCCUCCCCCGGAACGGUGGACGAUGUCUGGGAUAUUAUCAGCUCCGAUGACGAGACGGAUAGCGGUCUAGAUGACUAUCACGAAGUGAACGAAAUUCCCGCGCCUCAAAUCACGGCCUACGAUCGGAGUUGGUUGGAAAACAAAUGUCUCGAUGUUGCCAUGAGGAACCCUCAUAUGGAUGCAGCGGAGCUAUCCCAGCAGAUUAUUGCGGCUUUGGCGACCGAUAGUGACGAUGCGGAGCUGCAAAUGGCCCUCGCCGAAAUUGUUGGAUUCGAUGACUUAGACCUGGUCAUUGAGCUUAUUGCGCAUCGGGAGGAAAUACUAUCGGACAAGCCUCAGCGAGUGGAGGCCCAAACAGACGGACUUGCCGCAGGAAGACUUCAAACUCGAGCAGAACGUGAGCAGGCUCUACGGGAGCGUGACUUCCAGCAUAAGAAUGCUCCUUUGCUGGCGGCACAAACUCGAUCUGAGCCUCACUACCCGCAUGUGUUCAAGCUCCAUACGUCUGGUAACCUUCUCUCUGCCAACGGGAGGAAAUACGGUCUGCCUGUUGGAAGCAGAGAAAUCGAGGAGCCGAAAUAUACGGAGUUCGAAAUUCCAGCCUCUAGUGUCGGAGCAGUGCGACCGAACCAGAAGCUGGUGGAAAUUGCUGGGUUGGAUGGUCUCUGCCGAGGAACAUUCAGUGGCUACAAGGCUCUGAACCGCAUGCAGAGCUUGCUGUACGAAGUUGCCUACAAGACAAACGAGAACAUGCUCAUCUGUGCGCCUACCGGUGCUGGUAAAACGGACGCCGCUAUGCUUACCAUUCUCAAUGCGGUUGGGAAGAACACCUCACCCAAUCCGCUGGAGCAACCGGACGCGACCGAGUUCACCGUCCAAGUGGACGAUUUCAAGAUUGUCUAUGUUGCUCCCAUGAAGGCCCUGGCUGCGGAAGUCACUGAGAAGCUGGGAAAGCGCCUAGCUUGGCUUGGAAUCCAAGUUCGCGAACUUACUGGUGAUAUGCAGCUAACCAAGCGGGAAAUCGUCGAGACUCAAAUCAUUGUCACCACCCCUGAAAAAUGGGAUGUGGUGACUCGCAAGAGCACUGGAGACACAGAGCUUGUGCAGAAGGUGCGGUUGCUCAUCAUUGACGAAGUCCACAUGCUUCAUGAUGAGCGUGGUGCCGUUAUUGAAUCGCUGGUCGCCCGAACUCAACGUCAGGUCGAGAGUACCCAGUCGUUGAUCCGUAUCGUCGGUCUUUCCGCCACACUUCCAAACUAUGUCGACGUGGCAGAUUUCCUCAAAGUCAACAAGAUGGCUGGCUUGUUCUUCUUUGACUCAUCCUUCCGUCCAGUGCCUUUGGAGCAGCACUUCAUCGGAGUCAAGGGCAAGCCCGGAUCUAAACAAUCCAGGGAGAACAUUGACACGGUUGCCUUUGAAAAGGUUCGCGACAUGGUGGAGAGAGGGCAUCAAGUCAUGGUUUUCGUGCAUUCGCGCAAGGAUACGGUUAUGACUGCUCGGAUGUUGAAGCAAAUGGCUGCGGAAGAUGGGUGCGAGGAUCUGUUCAGCUGUCAUGAUCACGAGGAUUACUCCAAUGCUCUACGGGAUAUGAAACAUGCGCGUGCCCGUGAGCUUCGCGAUCUCUUUGCUAGCGGCUUUGGAACACAUCACGCUGGUAUGAGUCGCAGCGACCGGAACCUCAUGGAACGCAUGUUCUCUCAAGGCUUGAUCAAGGUCCUCUGCUGUACAGCUACACUCGCAUGGGGUGUUAACUUGCCGGCUGCCGCGGUAGUCAUCAAGGGAACCCAGCUGUACAACCCCCAGGAGGGUAAAUUCGUUGACCUCAGCAUUCUCGAUGUGCUGCAGAUCUUUGGUCGUGCUGGUCGCCCACAGUUCCAGGAUACCGGUAUUGGCUUCAUCUGCACCACCCAUGACAAGCUGCAACAUUAUCUGUCUGCCGUCACUGCACAGCAGCCGAUCGAGUCAAAAUUCUCGAGCCGACUCGUUGAUAAUCUAAAUGCCGAGAUUUCCUUGGGAACUGUAACCUCUGUCUCCGAAGCAGUACAGUGGCUGGGCUAUUCAUACCUGUUUGUUCGCAUGAAACGCGAGCCUCGAAAUUAUGGCAUUGAGUAUGCCGAGCUUCGUGAUGACCCGAUGCUGGUGCAAAGACGCCGGCAGUUGAUUAUCCAAGCUGCGCAGACUCUUCAAAAGAGCCAGAUGAUCAUCUUCAAUGAGAAAACCGAGGACCUCAAGGCCAAGGAUGUCGGUCGCAUCGCGAGUCAAUAUUACGUGUUGCAAACAAGCAUUGAAAUUUUCAACGAUCAGAUGCGUCCCCGGUCGGGCGAAGCUGAUGUGCUAAGGAUGAUCAGUUUGAGUGGUGAAUUCGACAACAUUCAGUCCCGCGAAAGUGAAUCGAAGGAACUGCAACGCCUCAGGGAUGAAGUCAUCCAGACCGAGGUCGAAGGAGGAAACGACACCCCACAUGCAAAGACUAACAUCUUGCUCCAAUCCUACAUUUCUCGUGCUAGGAUCGAAGACUUCGCUCUAGUUUCCGAUAUGGGCUACGUUGCACAGAAUGCGGCUCGUAUCUGUCGUGCGCUGUUCAUGAUCGCCCUGAACCGACGUUGGGGAUACCAAUGCCAGGUUCUGCUGUCUUUGUGCAAGUCAAUUGAGAAGCAGAUUUGGCCUUUCGAUCAUCCAUUCCACCAAUUUGAUUUACCACAACCUGUUCUGAGGAACCUCGAUGAAAGGCUGCCCACAUCAUCCAUUGAGUCGAUGCGGGAGAUGGAACCGACUGAGAUUGGACAGCUUGUUCAUAAUCAAAAGAUGGGCAAGGUUCUUACGAAGCUCUUGGACAAUUUCCCUACGCUCAGCGUCGAGACGGAGAUUGCGCCUCUCAACCGCGAUGUCCUUCGCAUUCGCCUUUCCAUAUACCCCGAGUUUAGUUGGAAUGACCGCCAUCAUGGAGCUUCUGAGUCCUUCUGGGUCUGGGUCGAGAACUCCGAGACUUCGGAGAUAUAUCAUCAUGAGUAUUUCAUCCUCAGCCGCAAGAAGCUUUACCAUGACCACGAGCUCAACUUCACCAUUCCAUUAUCUGAUCCCCUGCCGAGCCAGAUCUACGUUCGCAUUAUCUCUGAUCGCUGGCUGGGUGCAGAGACCGUCAGCCCUGUGUCUUUCCAGCAUUUGAUUCGCCCAGACACGGAAAGUGUAUACACCGAUCUGCUGAACCUGCAGCCGCUCCCCAUCUCUGCUCUUCAGAAUCCAAUCCUGGAGGAAGUCUAUGGCCAGCGGUUCCAGUUCUUCAACCCUAUGCAGACUCAGAUCUUCCAUCUGCUAUAUCACACUUCAGCCAAUGUCCUUCUUGGAUCGCCCACCGGUAGUGGAAAGACCGUGGCCGCUGAGCUGGCAAUGUGGUGGGCAUUCCGCGAGAAGCCCGGAUCCAAGGUUGUGUACAUCGCCCCAAUGAAGGCCCUGGUGCGCGAGCGUGUCCAAGAUUGGCGUAAACGCCUAACGGGUGCGAUGGGUCUGAAGCUUGUGGAGUUGACCGGUGACAACACCCCGGAUACGCGCACCAUUCGAGAUGCAGAUAUCAUCAUUACGACUCCUGAGAAGUGGGACGGUAUCUCUCGUAGUUGGCAGACCAGAGAUUACGUGCGCAAGGUCAGCCUUGUGAUCAUCGACGAGAUCCAUCUCCUGGGAGGUGACCGUGGUCCUAUUCUGGAAAUUAUUGUGUCUCGUAUGAACUACAUUGCCUCCCAGUCCAAGGGCUCUGUCAGACUCAUGGGUAUGUCCACUGCCUGUGCCAAUGCCAGUGAUCUUGCCAAUUGGCUUGGUGUCAAGGAGGGACUAUACAACUUCCGCCACUCCGUCCGUCCAGUCCCUCUCGAGAUUUUCAUUGAUGGAUUCCCCGAGCAGCGAGGCUUCUGUCCUCUGAUGCAAUCCAUGAACCGUCCUACAUUCUUGGCCAUCAAGAACCACUCUCCUGAGAAACCGGUGAUCGUCUUUGUUGCAUCUCGUCGACAGACCCGUCUUACUGCCAAGGAUCUGAUCAACUACUGUGGUAUGGAAGACAAUCCUCGCCGCUUUGUCCGAAUGUCUGAAGAUGAUCUUGAGUUGAACCUUGCGCGCGUCAAGGACGAUGCCCUACGAGAAUCUCUCAACUUUGGCAUUGGCCUGCAUCAUGCAGGUCUGGUGGAGUCUGAUCGACAGUUGGCCGAGGAGCUUUUUGCAAACAACAAGAUCCAGAUUCUGGUUGCAACCAGUACUCUUGCAUGGGGUGUCAAUCUUCCAGCUCACCUUGUUGUGGUCAAGGGCACCCAGUUCUUCGACGCCAAGAUCGAGGGCUACCGCGACAUGGAUUUGACUGAUGUUCUCCAAAUGCUUGGUCGUGCCGGUCGUCCGCAAUUCGACAACUCUGGUAUUGCCCGUAUUUUCACUCAAGACUCGAAGAAGGCCUUCUACAAGCAUUUCCUGCACACUGGCUUCCCAGUCGAGUCUACGCUCCACAAGGUCUUGGACAACCAUUUGGGUGCCGAAGUUUCUGCUGGAACGAUCGGGACGAAGCAAGAUGCGCUUGAUUAUUUGACCUGGACAUUCUUCUUCCGCCGUCUCCACAAGAACCCAUCUUACUAUGGCCUUGAGAUUUCCGCCGAAGAACAGAACACGAUGGCAGCUCAGGCUACCGCUCAAGAGUUCAUGAUUGAUCUAGUUGACAAGUCGCUCAAUGACUUGGCCGAGUCGUCCUGUGUGCUCGUGAAUUCUGCCACUGGCGAAGUCGAUUCUACCCCCUUCGGCAAGAUCAUGAGUUACUACUACCUCUCACACAAGACCAUUCGGUACUUGAUGUCCCAUGCAAAGCGUGAGCCUACCUUCCAAGAUGUUCUAAGCUGGAUGUGUUCUGCCACCGAAUUCGACGAGCUGCCCGUCCGCCACAAUGAAGAUCUCAUCAACGCUGAGUUGGCUCAGAAUCUGCCACUGUCCACUGAGUCUAUGGGUGAUAUCCCAAUGUGGGAUCCCCACGUCAAGGCCUUCCUAUUGCUACAAGCGUAUAUGUCUCGCAUCGACCUCCCCAUCUCCGAUUACGUCGGUGACCAAACAUCCGUUCUGGAUCAGGGUAUUCGUAUUAUCCAGGCCUCUAUCGAUGUCAUGGCUGAGCUUGGAUAUAUUCCCGCGUGCGAAAUGUUUGUCACUCUUCUGCAGUGCAUCAAGUCUGCCCGUUGGCCAGAGGAUCAUCCACUGUCUAUUCUGCCUGGCAUUCCAGUCGAAAAGCCGCCUCGCGGGCUUCCAUCUUCGCUUGCCAAACUGUCUUCGCAGCCCAAGUCUGCCUUCUUCGAUUUGGCGAAGAAAUUCAAUCUUCAUCCUGGAUUCACCAAAGCGGCUCCUUACCUGCCGAAUCUUUCUGUCCUUGUCAAUGGUAUCACUGCGAAGGGAUUAAGUGUCUCUAUCACUCGUCGCAACCCAUCUGCAAAUGCGGAUCACCGCAUCUACGCCCCUAAGUUCCCGAAGCCACAAACUGAGGGUUACUUCCUCAUCGUCUGCAGUGCUCGUCCAGAUGGAUCGGAUGGCGAGUUGCUCGGUCUGAAACGAAUUUCAUGGCCAUCUUCCAGGCAGAACGGUGACUACAAGUCUCGCGGGGGUGCUGGUGCUGGUUCCAGUCGCGGCGGAGGCUCUCAUGGCAAAGCCCGCGGAGACAAUGGCACACUUAAUGUCCGCUCGAUUGUCAAGUUCCCUGCCGGUCCCUUGGCUGAGUCUUUGUCACUGACUACUGGUGGGGUCACUCGGGUUAAUGUCAAGGUCAUCAGUGACUGUUAUCCUGGCAUGAUAUGGGCACUGCCUAAUGUGGAGGUUGAGGUGGCAUCAAGUGCACCGACCCAGUCGGUUGAGCCUUCUUCUAGUGUGAGCCUCAAAGGCUGA